CAGUGGCGCCGCUACAUCCAUGAAAACCCCUGCUUGAGUCACGAAGAACAACCGACAGCAGAUUAUGUUGCAGACAUACUCAGGAAAAUGCCAGCACCUCUUGAUAUCAAGCGAUUAACACCAACCAGUGUAAUCGCAGAUCUCCAGGGUGGUGCUGGAGAGGGUCCCAUGUACGCACUGCGUGCAGAUAUGGAUGCCCUGCCAUUACAGGAGGAAAGUGGAGAGCCCUUCAGUUCGAAAAAACCUGGUGUAAUGCAUGCCUGUGGUCAUGAUGCGCAUACUGCAAUGCUUCUUGGUGCUGUAAAGGUGCUUUGUCAAGUUAAGGACAAAAUUCGUGGCACUGUGCGGUUUAUCUUCCAACAUGCUGAGGAGGUUAUCCCAAGUGGUGCAAAGCAGUUGGUGGAGCUUGGUGUACUUGAUGGUGUGAAGAUGAUUUUUGGGCUUUCUGUUGAUGUUACAAAGCCAUCAGGUACUGUUCUCUCUAGAAGUGGAGUGAUGAUGAGCGCAUGCAACGACUUUGACAUUGUGAUCAAGGGUGCUGGUGGACACGCCUCUCAGCCUGAGCUCUGUAUUGACCCCAUUGUGAUUGGCGCCCAAGUUGUUACAAGUCUGCAGACCAUCGUCUCACGCCGCAUUGGUGCGCUGACAGCUCCUGUUCUGAGUGUGUCAACGUUCCACGGCGGCACUGGAAGCUACAAUGUGAUCCCCGACAGUGUACAUCUGCGCGGCACACUGCGGUGUCUGGACCGUGACGUUCAGGCACGUGUGCCUCGUAUGGUGGAGGAGAUCGUUGCUGGUGUUGCCAAGGCACACGGCGCCCAGCACGAAGUAACUUGGCUGGAGCCAAACAUUGUGACGUACAACGACCCAGCGGCGUAUGAAGUUGUGAAGUGUGUUGCGGAGCGUGUUGUUGGGAGUGCUUCGUUCGUGGCGCUGAAAACGGCAAUGAUGGGUGUCGCAGAUUUCUCGGAGUAUGCGGCAAAAACACCUGGAUGUCUUUUUUGGCUGGGAGUUAGAGAUAGUGGUAGCAGUUGCCAAAGUAACCAUAAUUACAGCUCUCGCUUUCACAUGAGCGAAGCAGCAAUGGAACAGGGAGUGAGGAUGCAUGUUGGAUUGAUAGCCAUGUUAUCCAUGUCUAGUGGAAAUUAUAGUGGGUAG